UCCCAGAACCCAGAACGAGUGGCGGAGUUUAAGCCCAUGGUGCCUCGGCUGUGGUCGCUGCUGUUUGAUCAGUGUGCGUUGUCUGAGGAGGGCAUGCGUGGAGUGGUGGCGGACUGUGCGGGCAAGCUCACGGUCAUUGACCCGCACAACUGCCUCCCUAUGCUUAUCGAACGUCUCCAGUCACCCGAUGCCACAGUCAGGUGUGCCGUUAUUACCGCUGUUAAGUACACCAUCGCAGACACUCCACAGCCCAUCGAUGCCCUUCUGCGUCCGCUGAUGCCGCAAUUUAUGUCCCAUAUUGAGGACUCGGAUUUGCACGUGCGCAGGGUGUCGCUGGUAACGCUCAACUCGGCCGCACACAACAAACCGAGUCUUAUUUCGGACCAAUUGGAUACGCUACUGCCACUGCUGUACCAAGAGGCCGUUGUCAAGGUAACGUGUGCACGCAGACAUCGUUGUGGACAAUUAGGCACGGGGCAUGUGUUGGUUGCUAUGCCAACAGGAUCACUCUUAAAAACUGUGUGGAUGGUUAUGCAUGUGUUGCUAUGGCAACAGGUCCACUCUUAUAUCCUGUUGGUGAUGUUUAUGCGUGUGUUGCUAUGA